AUGAAAAGAAUAUUCUCAGGCGCCAAGUCGCCAGAGUUCCCGGCACCCCCCAAGUUUUUCCAACGAGAUGGGUCAAGCUCGGGACCGUCUAGUCCCAAGGGUAUUCGUUCGAGGUCUUCAUCAAUUUCCAAGAUUUUCAGUGGUGACAGUUCGCCGAAAGCUGCACCCGUGGAAUUGCCCCAGGAAAUGUCUGCUAGCGGGAACGUGUCACCAGAGUUGGUACCGAUAGUAACAUUGUUAUCUGCACAUACGCAUAGGAGAUAUCAUGAGGGAGUGUUUUUGAUUCUACAGGACUUGAAAGCGGAUGGAUCACCAGCUGCAAGAAAAUGGCAGGAGGUGUACGGAGUAUUGAUAGGAACGCAAUUGGCAUUGUGGGAUGCGAAAGAGCUGGCUGAUUGCGAUACUGGUGCGAAUCCCAGGUUGAAGGAUGUUGCCGCAAAGCCUCAUUACAUAAACUUUACAGAUGCUUCGUUGAGAGCACUUAAUGGAUCAGAUGCUGUCGUUACAGAGAGUAAGAAUAAAUUGAACAACGCUUUGGUGGUGUCGACCACUUUGAAGAACAGAUACUUCUUACAGUACAGUGAUAAGGAGUCGUUCAAUCGUUGGCACGCGGCUAUAAGGCUGAGUUUGUUUGAAUGUACUUCAUUACAAGAGGCAUAUACGGGAGCAUUUUUGUCUAGUAGAGGUGCAAAACUGGGCGAUAUUAAGAUAAUUCUUGCAGAUUCAAAAUUCAACUACGAGGAUUGGGUCAGUGUUAGGUUUGGAACCGGUAUGCCAUGGAAACGAUGUUUCGCUGUGAUAUCUCAAGGAACCAGCAAGAAACAUCCCUACGGGAAGAUUAAAUUCUAUGAGAACGAAAAGAAGACCAAGAAGGCUCAUGUCAUGGCUACUGUGGUCUCUUCUAAGGCCCUGUAUGCUGUGUAUCCUUCAUCUCCAAUGUUAAUUGAUACCUCAACUAUCAUCAAGGUCGAGGGAGAAAUUAUUUUUGACAAGAAAGAGACCCCACAGGAGACAAAUAUUUUCAUCAUGCCGGAGAAACAUCAGGCCGUUCCAGGGUAUGACACUAUCAUCAGAUUUUUAGUCCCUGCGAUGAACGCUUUCAAGCUUUACGGUAGACCCAAGAAGCUGAUCGCCAAUAAGGAUGAUCAAAACUCUCUGCUGUUCGCAUUACCGACUCUACCUCAUGUUCAUUAUUUGAAGGUAGACGAAUUAUUGCCACUAACAAACUCUGUAUCCAGUUUACAAUGGACCCCACAUGACUGGAGGGACCACGUUAGAGAUCUUUUGCAAAAGAAGAUUUCUCAGGGGUAUACAGGCUGUGGGUCUAGUUCUGGACUAACGGGAGCGCUUGCAUCCCCAGUGAUUGGAUCUGCAGAACUUUUCGAGGGAUCUGGAGGUAUUUCAUCUCCAACUUUCUUAUCCUUACAAAAGCCGUUUUACGGCAACAGUUUGUCAUCGAAGAGUAAUCUUUCCGGGAGUAUUUCCACCAUAACUUCAAGAUCGGGCUCUCCAAAUUCCAAACGUAAAUCCUUGCUUGGAGCUUCGAGUGGAAAUAAGGUCUCCAGCGACUCAGUGUCAGCAACAAGCUUCUACAGCUCGAGAUCUAACGAUAAAUUCGAGACUCCUCAUGCGUCGGGUUUGCAGAUUCACAAAGAAGGUGUACCUCCGUCAAAUAUUGCCAAGAAAGAUGUCCCGAGCUUCCAAAUCACCGAAGAUCAUUCAGAUCCCCACUUGAAAGUUGACAUACCCAACUCUAACUUUGAUCGGUUAGGAGAAGACAAGGUGAAGAAAAAUAAGAAUGACCCAGUGUCCAAAUUUUCUCAUGCGUCUGAUUUAUCAGCCAUCUACGACAAGUAUUCCGCCUCUCCCUUUGGUCAAAGUCAGGCAAACAGUCCGGUAGCUCAAACUAUUGAAAUCAAUGACAGAAGUCCAUACGAGCAAUACGUGGGUUCAUCUGAGGGUAAAACUUUUGAAAUUCCAAAUAUCAGAGACUCAAAUAGUACAGCUGAUACUACUACUCAAAAAUCCAUGGGUAAUUAUUACGCAGGAAAUGACGAUGAUAAAGACGACGACUUAGAAGAGGCCCGCGCUUUGACCGAAUUUAACGAUUUGGCAAACAGGGUUCGAGGAUUGGAAAUGAAACCGAACGCCGUCAGAACGGCUGUUAACAACGAAGAAAAAUCACCUAUUGCCUUGGAUUUCAACUUUAACGCGGCUAAUGAUGAAGCUACUGGCUACGGUGAUGAAGUCGCCGAUGAUGAUGCCAAUGUAUUUGAUCCUGACUUCAUGGAACAAAAUCAAAUGCUUGAGAAUGAAAGUAGACAUUUUGCAGCUGAUAGUCAGUCAAAUUUUUCUGGCCAUUCGCACUCCCAAGAACAACUCCCACAAGAAGACAGGCUUCAGCAAAAAGUGCAUGUUCCAGCACCUAACAUGAAUCACAAUAAUCAAAGCCUCCCUCAUUCAGCUGCAGUAACUGACUUUAGGCAGCACAGAAAGCCACCAGCCGGUUACAAUGGAGCACAAGCUCAGGGUCCAAUGCUUCCUCAAAACGGUUACGGCAAUGGCUACAGACAACCUCCACCUCAACAGGCCUUUGAUCCAAACCACGCUGCGAGACGCUCCCCUUACCAACGCCAAGGAUAUCCUAACUCUUUUGUGAGGCCACCACCACAAGGUAUCUCACCACAAAACCCUCAGUUUCCCAAUCACGGGCAGGGCUACAAGGCCCCAUAUGCAACAAGGCCCACGCAUCCCCAAUUACAACAACAACCUCCAGUUAAUAUGCAACAACAGCAUCGUCCAUAUUCUCCAAAGUACGCUCAAAAUUACCCACCACAGCAGCAGCCGAAUCAUGGAAGACCAUACAACAAUAUGUAUAACGGAUCUUACGCACCCCAGUCCGUGCAUACUAUGGAGGGCGUAGCACCAAUUCAACCUCAGGGUAGAGCAGGUCCCUAUCCCCAGGCGGCAGGUCCGAUGGGCAGCCACAAACCGCGUGUACCUCCUUCGAGUGGGUUUUCUCAGUUCAUGCCUACCUCCACUACAAAUGCAAAUCCUUACUCAAGAUGA